GCAUAUGGUUCUUUAAGAAGUCCUUGUAGGAUUUCAUUCUGAAUACAAUUACAAAUGUACACUAAAUUCCCUAAAACCAUUUACAGCAUUGGGGGUUGAAUAAUUUUGAACACAACUGUAUAUAAUACACAAGUUUCACUAUUGUAAAUUUCACUACAUCAGCCACACCUAACAGUUAGGGGGAGGGGAUGUUGCAAUUAUUUAUGCUUAAUGAUAAGCUAGGCACCACGCAUACAGUACACUGCAUCUGGAAAGUAUUCACAGCGCUUCACUUUUUCCACAUUUUGUUAUGUUACAGCCGUUCCAAAAUGGAUUAAAUUAAUUAUUUUCCUCAAAAUUCUACAAACAAUACCCCAUAAUGACAGGGUAAAAGGAGUUUGUGUGAAAUCUUUGAAAAUGUAUCAAAAAUAAAACACACACACACAAAAAAAAUCAUGUACAUAAUUAUUCACAGCCUUUGCUCAGUACUUUGUUGAAGCACCUUUGGCAGCAAUUACAGCCUCAGGUUUUUUUGAGUAGCUUGGCACACCAAUUUUUGGCAGUUUCUCCCAUUCUUCUUUGCAGGACCUCUCAAGCUCCAUCAGGUUGUAUGGGGAGCAUCAGUACACAGCCAUUUUUAGAUCUCUCCAGAGAUGUUCAAUCGGGAUCAAGUCUGGGCUCUGGCUGGGCCACACAAGGACAUGCUCAGGGUUGUCUUGUUGCCACUGAUUUGUUAUCUUGGCUGUGUGCUUAGUGUUAUUGUCCUGUUGGAAGAUGAACCUUCGCCCCAGUCUGAGGUCCAGAGCACUCUGGAGCAGGUUUUCAUCAAGGAUGUCUCUGUACAUUGCUGCAUUCAUCAUUUCCUCGAUCCUGACUAGUCUCCCAGUUCCUGCGACUGAAAAACAUCCACACAGCAUGAUGUUGCCACGACCAUGCUUCACUGUAGGGAUGGCAUUGGCCAGACUGAACAAAUUAUGGCAGAGUAUAAAGUGAGGGCCCUGUCUUGCCACCCUGACAAACAACCAGAAAAUCCUGAAGCAGCACAAGACUUUCAAAAGUUACAACAGGCCAAAGAAAUUCUCACAGAUGAGACCAAAAGAAAAAAAUAUGACUACUGGUUGAGAAGUGGCAUCACUGUGCCAUUCAGUGAAUUCCAGGCAUUGAGUGAUACAGUUAAAAUGUCAAUGCAUUGGGCCCUUAAAAACAAAAAGGAGCCAAUGCUAGAAUCAGCAAAAGAUACAGAUGAAUUCCAAGCUGGUCAUUCAGAAACACAAGUUCCAAAAGAGGGGAUAACAUCUAUUGAAGAACUUUCUUCAAGUGGUUAUUGGCGUCACGGCUUUCGACGUACAGGUGGUACUCCUUCAAGACUCUUGGAAAAGUUUAGAAAUUAUCAAAUAUGAAGAAAUACAGGCUAUAAACUUUAAACCAUAUAUUAAAAUAAUUUUGUGAAUUGUUUCAUUGUAUGGAUUAAAGCAUUGCAAUUUCAGUCAGUGGAGAUAUUAUACUGAAUUUUCAUUGUCUACAUUACAGUAGGCUACAAGAUAUAAGUAUUAUUGAAAAUUCCUGAGAUUCAUGUUUAGUGUAAUAUUGUAUGGUGGUCAUUUACAUUGUUUUUUUAUUGUGGAAUAAACCAUUUUUAUUU